UAAUCAAUCAUGUUUUUUAUAAUUUAAUAUUUUUAAUUUAUAUUAUUAUUGGUUUAUGCUGAUUGCUGAAUUAAUUAAAGUAUCCAUCAAGCGUAACCAGAAGGGACAUGAAAAGCUACGAUGUCAGUAUACUUAUGAUGACUGUAACUCUAGCAUACAGCGCCCCUAUUGAAUACGAGUAUGUCUCCAUCGAAGUCACUCCAAGUAAACCGAUCGAAAGACAAAAUGGCGACGCCAAUUCGGGAAUCUGCUGUCAAUCUGGCUCUCAGAGUUGUUGCCCUUACGACUACGACGACUCGUGUGAGACUGCAAGCAACAGAACCUUAUGUGGUUACAAUAAAAACCAGAAAAAAUCUGAUGAAAUGGCAAGCGUAACCAUAUACGGUCUUCCUUGUCGAAUAAACGAUGAUCGUCUCGAGUGUGGAUAUAACGGGCUUUAUAUACCCGAUCAGAGACCAAUAUUUGUAAAUAAAAUUCUUCCAAUCAACCCGGACUGCUGCAGUUGUUGUAACCAAGAAACUACUAAAGAAGUAACUAGCGAAGCAACAACAACGAAUCCUGAUUGCUGCAAUUGUUGUAACCAGGAAACUACUAAAGAAGUAGCUAGCGAAGCAACUACAAUACCAACAACAACAAAAACAACGGAAGCAACUACUGUAGCUACCAAAGCCAGAGUUGAAACUACAACAUUCACCACUACCACCACUAGCACCACUACCACUACUACCACUACUACCACCACUACACCAAAACCUGCCACUACAACCACCAAAUAUGAAACAACUACAAGGUACAAGAAGUUGGCUUCUUUAUCGACCAAGUUGGUCAUUACAUCGUCCAAUCAGCCAGCGACUACAGUGACAACGACCAAUCAGCCACCGACAUCAUGCGUGACAGUGGAGGAGAGAUGUGUUAUCUCUUAUGACAGUCCUUGCAUACCGGUAUUGCCUUGUCAGCAAGAUUCGGGCGAUGAUAAAAAAACCACUAGCACCACGCCUAAACCCAAAACUGAGACUACACGACAAUCCACUGCUACAAGACAAACUACUGUUGAAAAACCCACUACUCAAACUGCUAUAAAUAUCCCAGGCAACUGUUGUUCCUCUAACUUUUCAAAAAGUUGCUGCCCCUACGACUAUGAUGAUAGCAAAUGUGACAUUUCCGACAACAGGACGGUGUGUGGUUACAAUAAAAACCAGAAGAAGCCGAACGAUAAUGAAGCGACUAAGCAAUUUACUAAGCAAGGGCUAAAUUGUGAAAACAGAGACGAGCGAGUGGAGUGUGAAUAUAAUAAACGGUCUGACGUUACCGAUAGUUUUACUUCUUCAACUAAAUCACACUCAUAUGAGCUUCUAGACCAUAAGAAACGAAAAACAAAACGAAAAACGAAACGAAUUCAAGAAACUACUUCAAAAGUUACAAAAGCAAGUACCACGACAGCUGCGAAAGAAAUUAAAACAACAACAACACAACGGGCCAGCUACGAAACAACAACGAUAGCUACGAAAGUAAUUAAAACAACAACAACACAACGCGUAAAGCCGAAGAGAACAACAGAACGUCGCACUACCAUUGAAUGUGUGGUGAUUCACUCGAAGAAGGCUUGUCGCGUUAUUCGUCUCGAUGAAGAAUUAAAUUAUGACUAAAGCUAUUGUGCCAAUGAAGGAAAUGUUUGUGAAUUCGUACAUACUUCACACACUCUAGUAACACCUAACUACCUACCUAU